ACAUAUUCCCUCUCCAUCUCUUUUACCACCCGCACACCCCCGAGAUCGGUGACAAAAACAUCACAACACAGGUGUAUUCGAUUCAGCCAAGGUUCUCUGCACUUUCUGCACCCAUCCACGGUGCGCAGCACCUAAACCCUCGAUUCUCCGAGGUACAGCGGCGCCCCCUGAACUCUCGUCCUCGAUUGCGCGGGGUGCGAGGUUAGGUGUCGCCGCGGUGCAGCCGCACGAACGAUCCACGAAGCGCCAUCGCAGACGCGUGCAGACGACACUAUGGCGAUGUUUGUAGAUAUCGACGGUGUCCGCACACAAUUGUUCCUGAUCGUAGAUGAACUUGGCGUGAUAGUCUAUGACGGAGACGCCGAGCUGUACACUACAGCAGGUAAAUUUGCCAUUAUGCUCUGUAAACGCAAUAGCACGGUUUGUAUGAAGUGGCGACAUUUAUUCCAUUGUUCUUGCAGAUGGAAAACGGGUGCGUGUACUCUGCACACCUAGCGGUUUUGCCGCCGAUUGUUCGGACAAGGAGCUGCAGAACAGCCAUACAAAUACGGAGCUGCCGAAAGCCGCUACUUCGCGAUGCGGAGACGCCACGCCAGCGACCACUGAAGCUGCUGCCGCAGCUGCCGUGCCGUGUGGAGCCAUGCCGUCUCCACAUCGCGAUUCUGAAGAAGCUUUGUGGAGUGGCCGGAGAACUAAGUUUCUCAUUGAAUGCUAUAAAGAGCAUUUCGGCCGCAUCGGGAAAAAGGGGGGACUAAGGUGAGGCUUAGCAUUCUAUUUGUUUGUAUUUGCGUUACAUUUUGUAUUGUUCUGCGCGCAGGAACAAAAAGCAGCUGAUGCUGUUUAUAACAGAUGCAUUGAACGAAGAAUUCGGAUGCACCAUAACGGUGAUUCAAGUCACCAACAAGUGGAAAUCGCUGGAGAGGGCGUAUAAAAAAGUUCGGAUUAAUAAUAACAAGUCUGGAAGCGGAGCUGCCGAGUGCAGUUUUGAGGGAGACCUGCAGGACUUUAUGGAAAAACAGCACCACAUAAGUCCAGUAGUGACAUAUGCACAGGGGUGCAAAAUUGUGCCAGACAGCAGGGAGAGGGAGCUGCAGGAUACAACGCAGGCCCCAGAAGCGGCGCUUAGCCCAACCACAAGUGUGGAAAACACACAGGUGGAGCCACGUGGAGCCAAGCUGAAGAAGGACCCGCCCUUGGUGCAGCUGCUGCAAAAGCUGGACCAAAUAGAAACAAAUAGGGCAGCGCAACAUGAACAGAAGAUGGCCCUUCUGGAGCGCUUCGUGAGCGCAUAUGAAGCAAGAAAAUAA